AUGUCGCGGCAGGAGGAUGCGGAGGUCACAGAGGUUGCAGAGGAUGUUGACGCUCCAAAGGAGGAGCCCAAGCCAAAGCGUCAAAGGCGAAAUCGAUGGGGUCAGGAGCCUGAAGCAUUGCCUGUCCCAAGUGCAGAUGACCUUGCACUUGCACCUUUGGUAGGCGUGGAUACCUCUGCUCUGGGCCUGCUGCCUGUGCAACCUGGACUGCCAUUCUGUUUCCUGCCUGCUCGUGAGGACUUGUCAGCUGCUGCAUCUGCGGCAAGAGAAGCUCUAGAAAAGGCCAAGAGAGCAGCAAUGUUCCAGCGGCAGAUUCAAGAACAGAUGGCCAAAAUCAAAGGUCAAGGUCUUAGUGGAGGCUUCAUGACUGGGGAAGCGCCAAAGGCUCGAAAGCUCAUCCUCGAUGAGUUUGGUCGCGAGCUGGACGAAGAUGGGCAAGUGGUCCCGAUGAAGCCACAGGUGGUGAGCACCUUGAAAGUCAAUAUCAAUCGAGAGAAAGAGGCGAGACUAAAGAAGAUCCUGGGCCUCAAAAAGGACGGCGUGGGCGAGAGCUCGUUCUUUGAUCCAACAUUGAAAGUCAAGGAGAGAUCGGAGCGAAUGAAGCGCCGAAGUUUCAGGUUUAUUGAGGAAGGUGAGCUGGUCAAGAAGGAGGCCAAGAUGAUUAAAAAGGUUCAGGAGAAGGCCUUGGGAAUCGAUAAAAAAGAUGAAAAGAAAAAGAAGGAAGAGGAGCAAAAGAAGAAGGACGAAAAGAAACAAGAGGAAGAGGUGAACGUGGAAAAGAUCACACCCUACGUAGAGCAUCCGAUUCCCAUCAAGAUUACGACAGAAAAGGAGGCCCCCGAAGCUGCCAUGAUGCACCUUACUCCCAAGGAGCGCAAGAAGUUGAGGAGACUGAAGCGCCAGGAGCGAACGCAGGAGAUCCGAGACAAGAUUAAGAUGGGUAUCUUGCAGCCGCCGCCUCCCAAGGUGAAGAUGGCAAACUUGAUGCGUGUGCUUGGUGAUGAGGCCAUUGCCGACCCCUCCACAGUUGAGCGGAAAGUCAGGCAGCAGGUGGAGCAGCGACGAAAGGAGCAUGAGCAGAGAAAUGAGGCAAGAAGGUUGCCAGCGGAAGAGCGAAAACAAAAGAAGAAGCAGAAGUGGAUGGGAGGAGCAGAGCCAACAACGCAGGUGCUAGUUUUCAAGAUCAAGGACUUGGCAAAUAAGAAGCACUUGUUCAAGAUCGACAUGAAUGCUCAGCAAUUUCACCUUACUGGAUGCUGCAUAGCCUGCCCUGGUGUUGCCAACAUGGUAGUUGUGGAGGGCGGCCCUCGUGCUGUCAAACGCUAUAAGAAGCUCAUGAUCAGGCGCAUCAAGUGGACCGAAGAGCAAGCAGAUGAUGAUGAUGACGACGAAGACCAGGAUGAGGUUACUGCACCCAAGCUUCAAGACUUUUGUGUGCUCAUUUGGGAAGGCGUUGUGAAGCAGAGGAGCUUCAAGAACUGGAAGGUGACGCAUGUGCGGACCGAGCCCGAAGCCAGAAAGCUUCUGAAUGAUCGGCAAGCCGAGCACUACUGGGACGUACUGCUGCCUCCUUUUAGCUUGAAUGCCACGUCUAUCAUGAGCCGUUUGAGGUUGGAAGAACAGAGUGCAUUUGCCAACAAGAAUAAGAUACCUGCAAAUCUUUCUCUUGUUCUUACUUGUCAUCUCAUGUUGUUUAAACGCGGCCAGAGCAGUGCGACCCUUCAAAUGUGCCGCGCAGCUGUGAAGUCUCAAGUCGAUCGACACCUGUUGGUCUUGCAGCUUUGCCGAGAUGUCCACAUGGCAAGUUUUAUGAGACUUGUUUCACGUCUUGCAGCCAGGCUUGUUCCAACAGCACGUCGAUUCGGUUCUUUGGUGUCUCGCCCAAUUUUGGGCAAAGCCCCAGUAGCUGCAUUUGUGCCGCUGGGACAGAGGUUCUUCUCAGCCUAUGAGGGUCAAGAAGUGACGGAUGACCAACUCGUGAAGAAGAGUUCGGACUGGGCCAUUGAGGAGACAAACUUCUGCUUGGGCCGUACCAGCUUCGUCCGGUACAAGGAGACUGAUGACCUCGCGCGUCGAACCAAGCACUUGAUGGACUGUCAGCUGAACAAGCAGCACACCCGGUUGCGAGAUGGUGCGUCCUGCUCAGUGUACAGGAUUUGCAUUUGGGCAAGACAUAAAGACUAA